CCCAUCGAGUUACCAAUGGCACAAUACAAGCUUAGUAACCAUCCAUUCCCAGACCCUAAAAUGGCCGCAUCUGCACUUCUCAGUCAGCUCCUGCGGCUCCGGCUCCACCACCACCACCGCUUCGCCACCGGAUUGCUAGUGCCACUUCGGAGAUCAUGGUGUUCGAAUGCGGAGUAUAUUCGAAUGGAAGAGGAUGAUAUAUCUGUUUUGAUUGACACAGUAUCGAGCUUGUGCGAGGCAGCAAAGUAUUCAAGUUGGGAAGAGCAAAAUUACCGACAGUGGAAAGAUGAAGAAGCAGAGAUUUGGAGAGAUAUCGAACCUAUAGCUCACCUCGCUAAAGAAAUUCUCCACUCUAACAGAUAUAAGGAUGGAGAACAACUAACAGAUGAAGAUGAGAAAGCUGUGGCAGGUAGGCUUCUUGUUUAUCAUCCGAAUUGUGAUGAUAAAGUAGGGUGUGGGCUUGAUUCUAUAGCGAGGGCAUUUGUACCAGUAGAGCUAUUUGUUCGCUUCAAGUCAAAUGCCAGCUAUUGUGGCCAGAAUUGGACUCACCCGUCAUUUUCUCCUUUGUGUGUGUGUUGAUAAUCAUGUGCUAUGUGAAAUUGUGAAUGUUUUCGACUUAGCUAUCCUGUUGGUCUAUGAGAAUACUAAUAAGCAGUUGAACUACUCUUGUUGAAGGUUGAUCGUCAUUCCCAUUUUAAAACGUCAAGGUGCCUGUUUGUUGUAAGAUCUGAUGGUGGAUGGAUAGACUUCUCCUAUAGGAAGUGUCUGCGAGCAUACAUUCAAUUCAAGUACCCAACUCAUGCAGAAAGAUUCAUUAAAGAACAUUUUAAACAUGGCCUGAUGAUGGUUACAACCCGGGCGAUUACCUGAUAUUCCAUCUGCAAUUUUCUUUUUUCUUUUGUCUAUUAGAGAUCAUUCAGAUUGACAUAUUUUGAAGUUUUCCAUCAGGGCCGGAUUGUGUACUGAUUCUAGGACCUAAAUGCAUCCUUGGUCUUUUCAAAUUGUUAGAAAUAGUAGAUAAUCCUUGAUUAGCCCUUCCAAGUUUGUUCGUUUAGAAAUGAUGACAAAAUGAUUGAAAUGUCUCGACUUUGUUGA